AUGAUCGACUUCGAGAUAUUUGACAAAGCUUCUCGUGGAGCCUGGGGUUCAUCCCUCCUGCUCUUUCGCACCAAAGGCCGAUCUCUGGCCGCCCUCGGCGCCAUUCUCACUCUUCUCCUGUUAGCUGUGGAUACGUUUUUCCAGCAGGUCACCGAUCUUCCUGAACGCUGGGAGCUCGACGGCUUCGGUGAGAUACCUCGCGUAGUACGAUACGAAGGCGACAAUGGAGAUAUAUAUGAGGAUGGUUAUCCAAACACGAUGGAAGACAUAAACCUACGACAGGCAACACUUAAAUUCUUUUAUUAUAACGGUAAUAAACCCGUCCCAUUUGGAUCAGGAGAGCGGCCAGACAUACCGUUAUCGUGUCCGUCAAGUCGAUGCGAAUGGGACGAAUACGAUACGUUGGGCGUCUGCAGUGCGUGCACCGAUGUCUCUGAGCUCCUUACAACUGACACUACUGCUGCCAACUCGUCAACGAAAGACGAGGCACUGCUAUUACGCACAUUACCGUUGUCGGCAGCAAUGACUUCUGUUAAUCCUCUUUCGGCAACACCACUGUUCGGCGGCUCCAUACAUUUCAAGGAGGUCUACCUGCCUUUCCCCGAUGCUAUAAUUGUCAGUGCAGCUGACGGCACUGCUUCCAGUGUCUAUGAUCGCCAACGUCCAGUUGCACAAGAAUGCAUGCUCUCAUGGUGUGUCAAGACUCUCAAAUCUACCUACGCUUGGGGGGACUACGAAGAAACGGUGACCAAAACAUUCCUCAAUACGACCGCCUGUGAGCGGCCCUAUCCAUGGAUCGGCCGAGCAGUAUGGUCUCUUGGCGAGGAGGCCUUUUGGACAGAAUUUCAGGGGAAUCUUAGCCUACACCCUCCUGGAACGGACCCAAUGAUCGACGACUACGGCAUGUCAAAUGAGACGUUCGCAAGGACUCAGGCGCUAUUUGAUGAGAUCUUUCCUUCCACGAUCACGGUCGCUAAUGCUGUAUCGCCACCCUGGUGGCGCAUCAGAAUCUAUGCUUGGGGUCGCAAUCAACUCCAUCCUUUCAAAUCCUGCCCAUGGCUCGCACCUAACAACGUUACUCAGUAUCUCGAGAGGCUCGCGACUUCCAUGACCAAUGUUGUGAGAACGCACAAUGGCCACGACUUCGUCCAAGGGCGAGCCUAUUCUCAGACUACCUUUAUUGCAGUCCAUUGGGAAUGGCUUACAUUUCCUCUUGCGCUUCUACUCUUCAGCCUGGUCUUCCUCGCAGCAACUAUCAUCAAGACGUCCAAGAUUGUGGAUGGUGGGACAGGCUUGUGGAAAACUUCAGCCAUGCCAACGCUCAUAUACAGUCUGCCGAAAGACACACAAGCAGCUGUUGCUUCGCAAGGUGGAUGGAAGAAUACUUCGGAUAAUAAUUCCAGGAGAAUCAAGAUUCGAUUGCUUCCAAAGCAUGGUUGGAGAGUUUCCGGUCAAGUACAAACGUCCCCGACGCCAAACACGAAUCGCGAUCGGAGAGCACCUCCAGGAUGGAUCUGA